GCUGCUGAGUCAAAUCAAACAGCGCUCUGACGGAUGUAGUUCGGUUAGUAUAGCUUGGCGCUGGCAGACAAAUCCUCGGUCAGAGAAGCGGAUUAUCGAUGAUGUUCACGCGUCUGGGUCUCAGCUGAUGUAACUGCGCUGUUCAGUAGAGAGGACUGUCUGUCUCUGACUGUGUGUUCCGUGGAUCUGUGGGAUGAUGGGGGCACUGGUAAACGGUCGACGUGGGGGUCGAUCUCCAUCGUUGCUGAUGGCUGCUCUCAUUGCCUGCGUCCUCCUGCUCGGCUUCAACUACUGGGUCUCCAACUCUAGAAAUGUUGAGCUUCAGGCCAAGUUGCUGGAGCUUGAGGAGCGUGUGCGUCAGGCAGCCGCUGAGAAGGAACGGGAGCAGCUGGGCAGGAACGAGGUGGAGGAGCAGCUCCGGCAACAAACAGAACAACUCUCCCGCAUUGAGAACACCCACCAGAGACAGCAGCAGAGUGCUCAGAGCAUGUGGAAACAAGAGAAGGGGAAUCUUCUGCUUAACAUUUCCUCUAGUGCCAAAACUGUCCAGGAAAUGAAAAACCAGAUGAAGACUCUGAUGGAAGAUCUUAGUAAGGUGCAGAAAGAGCUGCAGUCGUGUGAAAGUAACAUGAACACAUUGAACAAGAAACUCACCUACGACAUGACUCAGUGUAACACUCAGAUUUUGGCCCAAAAAGAGGAAUGCAGUGAAAAGAUAGCAGCAGUCAAACAAGAGAUGCAGAAAAAAUAUGAGAAGCAAAGUUCAGCAGCAGCUGGUCAGAGUGGUGGUACCUCAGCUCUGAAAGCCACUGUCUCUAAACCUGAAGUUCCAGCUGCGAAUGACUCCAGUAAAAAUACCAGCAACCAGCUAAACACAGAACCAGCUGCAGAACUGAAGCCCAAGUCCGAUGACCAUGUUAAAACCAAUGAGAUACUAGUUGGAACAGAUGAUGUCCAUGUAAAAGAAUCUGACAAGCUUAAGUUGCCGUCCACCUUAAAACCCUCCAAUCAGAACUCAACUCAGAGCAGCCUGCCCAAUGAGGAGGCCAUGGAAGGAGUGAUGGUUCUCAAAACAGGAGACCUGAAGGCUGCAGAUGCUCUGUUGGACGCAGCAGUGAAUAAAGAGGGGAAGGAAGAUGAUGCCAUAGAAUACGACAAUGAAGGCGAGAUUGAAAAACGACUGUCGAAGCUCAAAGAUGAUAAAACAGCUGCGCAGGAGUUUGAGGAGGAGAUGGCAGACUACAACGGGGACGACGAGAACGAGCCAGAGUUUGAAGCCGACAAACAAGCACAGCUCGCUGAAGUGUAAUCAGGCACACACACAUGCGCAGAGACUCACACAUGUGCCUGGGGACAGAGGUUACACUCUAUUCAGCAGCAAACCUCAGUGCUCCUGCUCGGCCAAUCGGGUACAGGCGGCUCCAACCAGUCAUUCAACCAUUCAACCAAUGAGGUGUUUAGGAGCGUGCACUGUAGGUUCAGCUCUACUGAUGCUUCUACUGAUACUCAGCAAUUGUAACUAAUGCCCAGCCGCACAUGACGCAGGGUUUCCCACCCAAACAUAUCACUAUAUACUGAACACGGUUCCAUUUUACCAGUCUAUAGAUAGCUUACACUGAAAGAUCAUUCCAGAAACCAGGCCAUAAACUGAAUGUUUGUACAAGAGAUACAUUUCUGCCUUUUAAUUGCUUACUUGAAAUCUUGAUCCACUGUGCUGCAUUUGUUUGGACUCAAAUCAGACGUCAAAAUAAUCCAUCAGUGCGACAUUUCCUCUCCUGGCUAACUGCUCGCUAGAAAUGCUUCAGUGUUGUACAAAGUCUGAAAACGCUAGUCUGUAGAUGGAUCUGAGCUUUUGCAGUCUUUCUCUCUUUUUAAAGCUUUGUAUAUUUCAUAUAGCUUAGUAAAUCAGUCAUGCUGAAGGACUGUUUUUGAAUCAAAUCUUCCAGUAGGAUGUAACUGUAACAUGUUGAUUAAAACGUUACAGAAAGUUACAGUUCCUCACAUUUGCUGUACAAAAUUUGUUUUAACUUUUUUAAUCCCUGAUUUAAUUUUGAGACUAAGAACUGGAAUAUUUUCUAAGAUGUCUUAGUUUGUGAUUUUUUUUCUAAUGAUUUUUAUUUAAAUUUUAGUCCUGUUCAUUUUUGCAAUGUAUAUGUUGCCUUUGUGCAUUUUCAGAUGGUUUAGUUGCUGGAAGAUGUUUUUACUGUGAUAAAUGUCAAUAAAAAAAAUCUUAACAAAUCA